AUGCCGCAUCAUGCUGUCUUGAAAGAUAGCAGCUCAACCACGAAACUGCGUGUAGUUUUCAACGCGUCUGCUCCUUCAUCAACAGGUGUAAGCCUAAAUGAUAUCAUGUUAGUUGGACCCGUGGUUCAGUCUGACUUACUAACCGUUCUUAUACGAUUUCGUUGUUUUAUCGUUGCGAUUAUAUCAGACAUAGCUAUGAUGUAUAGGCAAAUAAAGGUAAAAGAUAAUUUUCAGAGCUUUCAACGUAUAUUAUGGCGAGAUUCCCCGGAAGAAAAUAUCCGAUGUUUACAACUGAGUAGAGUUACAUACGGCACUGCGUCUGCCAGUUUCUUAGCAACAAGAUGCCUCUUAAAAUUAGUUGAAGAUGAAGGAAGUUCUUUCCGUCUGGCAUCUCGGGCUAUUGAGCUAAAUUCAUAUGUUGAUGACAUUUUAACGGGUGCUGAGGACUUCGAUAAAGCCUUUCGGUUACAAGACGAACUGAUUUCGUUAUUAGAAAAAGGACAAUUCAAGCUCCAUAAGUGGUACUCGAAUUAUGAAAAUGUGCUUGACAGAAUUCCGGAAAAGAACCGUGAAAAGUGUUCAUUCCAAUUUUCUGAUGGAUGUUCGUCAAUCAAGACUCUCGGAUUGGUUUGGAACCCUGGUAUUGACGCGUUUCAAAUAUUGGUACCGGAUGAUUUAAUGGAAUCAAAGGUCACAAAGCGUGAAAUCUUAUCAAGUAUAGCCAAACUAUUCGAUCCUCUCGGAUUAAUGGCUCCAGCUUGUGUAUCCGCCAAAAUUAUAAUGCAAAUGAUUUGGCGUUCAAAAGUGGAAUGGGACGAUAAAGUUCCAAAUGAUAUUCUUGAAUUGUGGAUCCCUCUUAAGGGUAAAUUGUUCGAACUACGGAAACUCACUAUUCCUCGUUUAAGUUUGAUUUCACAUGCAGUCAGGUUUGAACUACAUGGUUUUAGUGAUAGCUCUACCAAAGCUUACGGUUGCGCUAUUUACUUGAAAUCUGUGGACAGUAACGGGUACUCUCUCGUGAGAAUGAUUUGUGCAAAGUCUCGCGUAGCUCCGAUUAAACCUAUUUCACUGCCACGACUUGAGCUAAGCGCGUGCGUACUUUCAGCUCGAUUCAUGAAAACUGUUCGUCAAGCAUUAACUGUUAAAAUAGAGCAUGCAUACUUUUGGACUGAUUCUAUGAUUGCUUUGGCAUGGAUUCGUUCAGAAGCUUCUCGUUGGAAUGUGUUCGUAGCCAACAGAGUCUCUGAAAUCCAAGAGUUAUGUCCAGGGGAUCAUUGGAAUCACGUUAUUUCAUCCGAAAAUCCUGCUGAUGUUGUUUCUAGGGGCAUAGAUCCUAGUUUGUUAGGUGCCCACGAACUUUGGUGGAAUGGACCUACGUGGUUGGCAUUAGAUAAAAAAUUUUGGCCCACUGGUGGAAAUAUAAAUGAUAUUCCGGACCCGCCAGAGGCGAAACCAAAAGCAUGCUCAUCUCACCAUCAGUCAAUGCAAAGACAAUGA